AUGGUCUACACUGAGACCAAGGCCACCCGGUCCCUAAAGCCCAGGGGUUCAGCGGCUCUUGGCUGGGCCGCCCCGCGCGCCGUCACCGCCGCCGUCACCGCGCGCGCCCGGCCGCGGGGCUCGGCUCCGGCGCGCGGCUCCGGCCGGGGAGGCGGGAGGGAGCCGAGGACAAUGCGCCCCGCGCCCGGCGCCCCCCGCGCGGCCCCGCCCCCAGCCCGGCGGCAGCCCCGGUUCCUGCGCGGCCGGAGCGGCUCGGGCAGCAGCGGCGGCCCCGGCGGCAGCAGCGACAGCAGCGCGGGCGCCGAGCGGGAGGACGACGACGAGAGCGCCAGCAUCAGCAGGCCGCUGGUGUCCUCAGAGCCCCCGGGGACCCCAGCCGCUUCUCGCGCCUCCACGCCCACCUCCGCGCGCAGCAUGACCGCCGCUGACCUGGGCGCGGGCGCCGGGGCCGGGGCCGUCGGGGGUGCGGGCGGCCCCGGCCCCGGCCCCGGCCCCUCCUGCCGUUCGUGCUGCGGUUGCUGCGGGCGCCGGGCCCGGUCGGGCCGCGGGGGCGGGCGCCGCGGCUGCUCCUCUGGCUCCGGCUGCCGCUGGGGCUACCAGGCGCUGUCCGUGGCGCUGCUGCUGGCGCAAGGCGGCCUGCUGGACGUGUACCUCAUCGCCGUCACGGACCUGUACUGGUGCUCCUGGGUGGCCACCGACCUGGUGGUGGCGGCGGGCUGGGCCAUCUUCUUCGCCAAGAACAGCCGGGGCCGUCGGGGAGGUGCACACGCCCACCAUCCGCAUCACCCACACGCCGCGCCCCUGCACCUGCCGGCUGCCCCCGCCGGAGCUGCGGGCGCCAAGGCGCGCGGCGCGCGCGGGGGCGCGGGUGGCCCGGGGCCGGCGGGGCCGGUCGGAGCGGCGGGCGAGUUCGCCUUCGCCUACUUGGCCUGGCUCAUCUACUCUAUUGCCUUCACGCCCAAGGUGGUGCUCAUCCUGGGCACGUCCAUCCUGGACCUCAUCGAACUGCGCGCGCCCUUCGGCACCACGGGCUUCCGCCUCACCAUGGCGCUAUCGGCGCCGCUGCUCUACUGCCUGGUGCGGGCCAUCGGCGAAGCGGGCGCCAUCCCCGGCUCCGCGGGCCCCCUGCUCUUGCAGCCGCAGCGACACCGCGCCGCCGGCUGCUUCCUGGGCACGUGCCUGGAUUUGCUGGACAGCUUCGCGCUGGUGGAGCUGAUGCUGGACGGCCGCGCGCCGCUGCCCGCGCACCUGCGCUACCUGCUCCUCGCGGUCUACUUCCUUGCGCUCGCCUCGCCGGUGCUCUGGCUCUACGAGCUCCACGCCGCCGCCUCGCCCCGGGCCCGGGCACCGCGGCCCGGUGGCUGCAGCUGUCUCCUGCGCCUCCUGGGCAGCUGCCUGGUGGACGCGCCCUUGCUGGCGCUGCGCUGCCUGCUGGCCCUGAGCUACCAGCAGCCGCUCUCUGUCUUCAUGCUCAAGAACCUCUUCUUCCUCGGCUGCCGCGGCCUGGAGGCCCUGGAGGGCUGCUGGGACCAGGGGCUAACGGCGUCCCCUAGUCGGGCCAGGUCGGGCUACGGCGCUCCACCCUCCGCCCCGCCGGCGCCCGGAGCCCCCCAACUGGGCCACUGCAUCUCCGAGGACGAGGGGUGCGCCCACGGCUAUGUCAACACUCUGGCUGUGGCCUCCCAGAAUUAAGGGGUCUGGGGUCUUGCUUUGGGGUUGGGAAACCCAGCUCCCUGUCCUCUGACCAUUCCUCACCUAGUCUAGAUCAUCUGUUAAUGGGGCUGAGGGCCAACACGCCACUCUGAGCCCUUUGGGUCAAGACUGCUUGGAGCGACCCAGCUACUGAAAGAAGGAGGAAAGUCGCCAGGC